GACGGGAAGUGGGAGCGAGGGGCCGCGCUGGGGCGGCCGAGCCAUGGCUGCGCCCGCGGCGGCUCCGCUGCUCCGCCUGCUCCUCCUGGCCGUGUGCUGGCUGGUGGCCGCGGGGACGGCGGCAGGAGCAAAAAUUCUUCCAUCUCCAUCCAACUUGAACUAUUCAUUUAUCCAUAUCUGUACUCUGAACUGGACGUGGAACCCCCCAGAGAACAUCAGCAGUAGCUGCAACCUGGAGUAUUCCAGUGACAUCGUCAUUAAUGGGGUUCCUGAGGACAGAAGAGAAUGGAGUAAGAGCCGCUUCCGUGUGACAGAUGCGCACUUGAAUGAGGAAAUGCACCUCAGAGUGAGAAGUGAAUGCAAGAAUGACAACACCAGUGAGCCCAGCUCCUGGGUGGAGACCCCCCUUCUGCCAAAAGGUAUUCCGGGUACUGCUGCUGUUGACUUGAGCUGUGUUUGGCACAAUUUGGAGUACAUGGCUUGUACCUGGCGUCCUGGGGAGAAUGCAAGCAGUGACACCAACUACACUUUGUUCUACUGGUUUGAUGGCUUAGAAAACCCUAAGAAGUGUAGCAACUCCUCUGUAGAUCAAGGAAUUUUUGAAUGCAUUUUCAGUCUUACCUUCCCAAAAGUCACCAGUACUUACCCUGCUAUAACAAUUUUGAUUAGAGAUGAUUCUGAAGAAAUUAUGCCUGUGUGUGCAAGUAAAAAUCCUACCACCCUUGUAAAACCUGCCACACCAAGACAAUUGACAUUGUCAAAGACUAAUGAUAGAAUUGAUGUAAAAUGGAGUGAAUCAGAAACUUUUCCAGGAAGUUGUUUACACUAUGAAGUUAAAUGUUUCAAUGGCGAUUUGGAUAUUGGUCAGAUCAUUCCAUCUGAAAUGAAUUCUGUGUCAAUUGCUGGCAUUGAUGCUAAUAGCAAGUACACCUGCAAAGUGAGAGCAAAACCAAAGCGUGAGUGCUACAACAGCGAUUUCCAUAGUGACUGGAGUGAAGAAAAGAGCAUUGGUGAGAAGAGGGACUCUGCAAUCUAUGUUGUUCUAAUAAUUACCAUUCCAUCGAUAGUAGCAGUAUCUACAAUAAUUCUACUUGUUUACCUAAAAAGGCUGAAGAUAUUAAUUCUUCCACCAAUUCCAGACCCUAGAGAAAUUCUUAAGCGCAUGUUUGGAGAGCAGAACGAGGAUGCCCAGAGCUCUGCAAAGGAUGAUCCUAUGAACGCUUUUGACAAGAUAAUUAUAGAAGAAGAAAUUAAUUCUUUAAUUUUAACAGAAACUUCAGAGAGCACUAAUCCUGAUAAGGAAAACAGGUAGACUCUGCUUUAUCAGUGAAAGAGGAGGAAGCUGAUUCCUGCUCCCAUACCUCAGGUGACUGUAGAUGUGAAGAGGCCUGUGAGACAUUGGCCGGCUCUGACCUCACUGGCUCCUUCUCUGGUGCACAGAAGAUGCAUCAAUAACAGUGGCUGUUCUUCCAUCUCUGCCAGAAAUACUCAUCUGAGCUCGGCCAAGAUGAGCUUGUACGUAAUUCCAUGUGACUGCACUGUGGAUUCCCUGUCCUGAGAUUAACAGCUCUGCCCUGUCACUUGUCACUUGCACUUGUUUUUGUUCCUCACACCAGACUGUCAGGGUUUUUCUUUCUUUUGGAGCAAGCACUGUGUCUUCUCUGAAGUAUCUGGCUCUAUUUGCAGUAGAUGGGAUGAGGAUGGUUUACAGUAGAUGGGUCAUUAGUGCUACCACGUGGAGCUGCUGCCUUGUGGGAUGGCAGAGCACGGACUGUUUCUGGAUACCCCUUUGUGUGUGUGCCUGGGCUGGGCAUUCUCUGAAGGGCACUUACAGACUGAGCUUGUGCUUCUGCCCAUCAGCUGGGGCUUGGUCAAAUCCCACCAAAGGGGGUAUUUUUUUGUUUGAAAAUGUGUAUGAAAAGCCUCUUUGCUUUCCAGCUGGUGUUCAGAAUAUUGAUAGAAAAGGCUUCGUUUUGUUAUCCUGUCAAUUGCCUGUCCUCAGAUGCCUUGCCUUCAUGGACUUCUUGGGUUAAUUAUACUUUGUUUAAAAUGAGAAUUUUUUUUUUACUUGUUCUGUAUAGUAGCAGAUAACUGUAUUGGGUCUCACCAGACUGAUUCUACUUUGGCCAUAUUGGCCUGAAGACACCUGAUUUUUAGCAGCUAAGUCGUCCUGAGUCUGUCCAGCAGAAAUACUAGGAUGGAUGCAUGAGUCUAAGGAGCUGUGGUCAAACUGAUUAGCUUAAGCCACUGAAACCCAACUAAUUCAAAGGCUUCAAGAUCCAUCCUUACUGCCAAAGUGAUGGAUUUGGGGGAGAGGGGAUGACAAUAUCAGUCUGUUUUCUAAGGGGAUAAUUAUUCUUUCUAUGGUGAUGAGACUUGGAAUUGAAUUUUCCCUCUAAGACUUAGCAACGUAAAACAAGGUGCUGACUUGACUUUUUAAAAAAGCUUUCGUCUAUAUUUUACUGCAACAGUUGACAGGUGUUUUUGUUGUUGUUUUGUUCAUUCUUUGAUGGUUUUGUUUUGAGGGUUCUUUACCCAGCAAAGUUCAGCAGGUGUUUUCUGGCACAACUGUGACAUUUUUCUGCUCUGCAUUCUCAGCAUUAGUUUCUGCCCUGUGCUGCAAGGGUGGUUACAGUGGUACCUUGAUUGUGCUGGAGGAAGAAUAUAAUGAAAUGGAGAGAAAAGGAUGCAUGGAAGCCCUUGAUGCUUAGUGCUCAGGGAUUUCAUGCUCCUUCCAGGUAAGUGUAGACAUGUGAGUCAUGGACAUAGGCAGUCUUAGCAGACUGGGAAGAGAUCUUCCUGAUAAGCUUCCUAGAAGCAAAUUUAUAGCUACUAACCUUUUAAGUUCAUCCCUGUCUUCGAACUCCAUUCCGUAAAAAAAAAUGAAACAAAAUGCUAUAUUUUUAGAACAUACUGUUUUGCAAGUAGAAUGAGUACCACAUGCUUUUUAGUUACAAAUAUGCAUCUUUUAUGCACUUAUAUGUUCCCUCCUUAUGAAUAAAUCCAAUUCUUUGCCCAUUGUUCACUGAGCCUCUCAAAUACAGUUUUUUCCAUGUCUCUUAUCCUCCUUUUGUCAGUGGUAGAAAAGGGAGGAGAAAUGUAGCAGAACUAGCAGACCCCCUAUUAGCAUAUGACUUUUACCUCUAAUCAGGUUAAAAAAACCCCCAACAUUAUAAAAAUUAAUAAUGGGACAAAAUAAAGCCUCAGGGAUUUCAGUGAGAUAAAACUCAGGUUAUAUAAGUCAGCUAGUAGCACUCUCUGAAAUUCCAGAGAUUAAGGAAUAGCAUGAGGGAAAGAGUAAUUACAUUCCUUGCCAAAUUCAUUCCCUCUGCAACAUUUAUGUCAUUAUAAUAAGUAUUCCUUCAAUCUACCUCAUUUGGAACGUUGCUCAACACAGACCACUAGACAAACAGAAAUGUAUAAUUUCAAGAUAAGUAAGCAUAACAGUGUAAUAUAAUGUUUUGUAGUUUUCAGCUUAGCAAUCUAGGAAAAUCAGUAUAUACCCCUAAAUUCUUUUGACUUUUAUGCUGGUGUCUAUGACAAAACCAAAAUUGAUUUGCUUUUUAGAAAAACAAAUUAAAAAAAAAAAACCCAAACAAAUUUGUAAAGCCAUAGGAAUGGAAGAAAAAAAUGUAUGGAAGGUGUUAGGCCAGAAGGAAGAUAUGAAUGCAAAGGAUAGUUUAGGUCACCAUAUAGAAAGGUUUUGAAUAACACUAGUUGACACUUGCUCAUGGAUUCAUUUCUUGAGCCUGUGUUUCAGCAUGUAAAGCAAGUGUCUGAAUAUACUAUCACCUUGAACAUGCUUUUUUUUUUUUAAGGUAAGAGGUUUUUUUUAGCUUGAAAUUAUCCAAAUUUUGCUAUAACUUGUUUUUUUCUUUGUCGCAGUUACUUGAGAAAUUUGUAAUAUAUGUAAUAUUGUACAAAUUACAUUUGUAAUAUGUGAUAUUUUACAGAUAGAUCUGUAAAUCUGUUCAAAGAGUGAAUAAAAAU